GCGUGGCAGGUCCGGCGGGCGCGAGGCGGCGGCGGUGGCGGCCCGAGCCCGGACCAGCCUCGUCCGCCCGGGGCCCGCCCUGCCCGACCCCGGCCUGCCCGGGGGUGCUGCGGCCUCGCCUGAGCCCGGCCGGGCGCCUCCUGAGGGAGCGUCGCCGCCGGCCGAGAGCGCAGGCCCGGCCAUGACCGACUUCAAAUUGGGCAUCGUGCGGCUCGGCCGGGUGGCCGGGAAGACCAAGUACACACUGAUAGAUGAGCAAGACAUCCCCCUGGUGGAGAGCUACUCAUUUGAGGCUCGAAUGGAAGUAGAUGCUGAUGGAAAUGGUGCUAAGAUAUUUGCAUAUGCCUUCGACAAAAACCGAGGAAGGGGAUCGGGUAGGCUCCUCCAUGAGCUGCUGUGGGAGCGGCACAGGGGAGGCGUGGCUCCUGGGUUUCAAGUGGUGCAUCUCAACUCAGUGACAGUGGACAAUCGCCUGGACAACUUGCAGCUGGUACCAUGGGGCUGGCGGCCCAAAGCUGAAGAGACCUCCAGCAAACAGAGAGAGCAAAGCUUGUAUUGGCUUGCAAUCCAGCAGCUGCCCACGGACCCCAUAGAAGAGCAGUUCCCUGUCCUGAAUGUGACGCGGUACUACAAUGCCAAUGGGGAUGUGGUAGAGGAGGAAGAGAAUUCCUGCACCUACUAUGAGUGUCAUUAUCCUCCUUGCACAGUAAUCGAGAAGCAGCUUCGGGAAUUCAACAUAUGUGGGCGUUGCCAGGUGGCCCGGUACUGUGGUUCCCAGUGCCAGCAGAAGGAUUGGCCUGCCCACAAGAAGCAUUGUCGGGAGAGGAAGCGUCCCUUUCAGCAUGAGCUUGAGCCAGAGCGAUGACGGGCAGAAGAGCCAUUACUGCUGCAGGGUUCCAGCUCUUCUGUGGGUACAGCAGAAGUCAGACUAGCGGUUGAGCCUGGAGGUGCCAAAGAAGCUGGCGGUGGGCCCAGAAAGCCACCAUGAGACUCCCCAGGGCACAUGCAGUCUGUGGGGACAACUCCCCUCAAGUGUUAUCUCCAGCAGAGACAUCGGGGAGGCUCCCCAGGACCUUUCUCAUUAUUUAUAUGUUAAUAUGUUUGUAAACUCAUGUACAGUUUUUUUUGGGGGGAGGGAGAGGGGGGUUAGAAACCACAAAUAGAAUCAUUUGCUGUAAUGUUCAAAUGGCAAACGGUCAGCCACAUGUCUAGAAACUGUCAUGUAGCCAAGCUUCUCUCCUGGGCUUAGGAGUCCCAAGAAGCGGCCUGUACAGUGCUGUGUCUGAAAGGGCAGAGUAAAGGGGAGGAAUCAUCUU